GAGGGUGACCCUGAGCCACCAACACUCCUCCUUCACCUACCCCCCUUUCUUCAAAUACCAAACUGCAACGGCUCCACCAGAUUUCUCAUUUCUCCUCACCUACCAUUCUCCCCCUCACCAUCACCCAAUCCACCAACCCUAUGGCAGCAGCAGCAACGGCGGCAACCGCCUCUUAUUCCACACUCUCCACCAAACACAACCUCUCCAUCUCCACCACUCACCACAUCAAUAAAAAUCAUUCUCUAGGUUUUCCUUUCCUAUCUGAAACCUCUGUCCGUAUUCGCCCCCUUUCCCUUCCUCGUUCUGCGAAACUUCCGGUGAAAGUUAUGGCUACUUCCGCCGCCACUCCGGUGAAGAAGACUAGCGGAUUGAGUUCCGGUGCUGUUGCUCCUACUGUAGUUGAUGUGGAUUUAGGUGAUCGGAGUUAUCCGAUUUAUAUCGGAUCUGGUUUACUCAAUCAACCGGAUCUUCUACAGAGACAUAUUCAUGGGAAGAGAGUUCUUGUGGUCACUAACACCACAGUGGCACCACUAUACUUGGAUAAAGUUGUAAGUGCUUUGACAGUUGGAAACCCUAACGUUACAGUUGAAAGUGUGAUUCUACCUGAUGGUGAGAAGUACAAGGACAUGGAUACUCUGAUGAAAGUAUUUGACAAAGCAAUAGAGUCUCGAUUGGACAGACGGUGUACAUUUGUUGCUCUUGGUGGCGGUGUCAUCGGUGACAUGUGCGGAUACGCAGCAGCUUCGUUUCUCCGUGGUGUCAAUUUCAUUCAAAUUCCUACAACUGUUAUGGCACAGGUGGAUUCUUCUGUUGGGGGCAAAACGGGAAUAAACCAUCGAUUGGGGAAAAACUUAAUCGGUGCAUUCUACCAGCCACAAUGCGUGCUCAUAGACACCGACACAUUGAACACAUUACCCGAUAGAGAAUUAGCAUCUGGGCUUGCUGAGGUCAUCAAGUAUGGUCUUAUUAGAGAUGCUGAAUUUUUCGAGUGGCAAGAAAAGAACAUACACGCGUUAAUGGCUAGGGAUCCUGAUGCGUUUGCAUAUGCUAUCAAGCGAUCGUGUGAAAACAAGGCUGAAGUUGUAUCACAGGAUGAGAAAGAAAGUGGAAUAAGGGCGACACUAAACUUGGGUCAUACGUUUGGUCAUGCAAUAGAAACUAGCUAUGGUUACGGACAUUGGCUUCAUGGAGAAGCGGUUGCAGCUGGCACGGUAAUGGCGGUUGACAUGUCAUACCGACUCGGUUGGAUCGACGAAUCCAUUGUUGAACGAGUUCACAACAUCCUAAAACAAGCCAAGCUGCCUACUAGUCCUCCCGAGAUGAUGACUGUAGACAUGUUCAAAUCUGUCAUGGCGGUUGAUAAAAAGGUGGCUGAUGGGUUACUAAGACUCAUCCUCUUAAAAGGCCCAUUAGGAGGCUGUGUUUUCACCGGAGACUAUGACCGAAAGGCCCUUGAUGAAACCCUACAUGCAUUUUGCAAAUCUUGAGCACAGGUAUAGUUCUUGUUCUUGUUCUUGUUAUUGUUCCUUGUGUAAGAUUUGUAUACAUACCAUAAUAUGGUAUAAUUUAUGUAAUCAUAAAUGGCUUUUAGUGGUCAUUUGUUUUGGAAUACAGACAUUGGGUGUCGAAUCUGUAACCGCUAGUUAUCAGUUUUGUUUUGCUUUAAACCUACAGUUGGUUA